AAGAGUAGUAAUUAAUACCAAAAAAUGUCUAACGUUGAUUUUUUGGGGGUAUAUUACUUAAUAUUGUUUUUUAUCUUUAUGUUUUCUUUUAAAAUUUAGAAAGCUAUUGGUAUUGUCAAAAAGGCUAUUGAAGAAGAUAAUGCGCAUAAAUAUAAUGAAGCAUAUAAGCUUUAUGUUAAUUCGUUGGAAUGCUUUAAUAUGGCACUUAAAUAUGAAAAAAGUGAAAAUGGAAAAAAUCUUAUUAAAGAUAAAGUAAUUCAAUAUCUCGAUAGGGCAGAGGCUUUAAAGGCAUAUCUUCAAAAAAACAAUGAAAAUAAGAAGCAUAGUUUGGUGAAAUCUGGUGGAAAUGAGCUUAGUUUAGGGAAAAAAUGCUAUAAGAGGAAGGAUGGUGAUAGUGAUUAUGAUGAUGAUGAUGAUAUUGAUACAAGAAAGCUUAAAAAUGCAUUAGCAAAUACUGUAAUAUCAGAAAGUCCUAAUGUUAAAUGGGAUGAUGUCGCGGGCUUGGAUAAUGCAAAAGAAACAUUGAAAGAAGCUGUUAUAUUACCAAUGAAACUUCCUCAUUUGUUUAAGGGUAAUAGAAAGCCAUGGGUAGGAAUAUUAUUGUAUGGUCCUCCUGGAACUGGUAAGUCAUAUUUGGCAAAAGCGGUGGCAACUGAAGCCAAAUCUACGUUUUUUUCUGUGAGCUCAAGUGAUAUUAUUAGUAAAUGGAUGGGUGAAAGUGAACGUCUUGUUAAACAGCUAUUUGUAAUGGCUCGUGAAAUGCGACCUUCGAUAAUAUUUAUUGAUGAAAUUGAUGCUCUUGCUGGUAUUAGGAAUGAAGGUGAUAGUGAAGCUUCACGAAGAAUAAAAACAGAACUUUUAGUACAAAUGAAUGGUGUGGGUACUGAUUCUACUGGUAUUCUUGUACUUGGUGCUUCUAAUAUUCCAUGGACUUUAGACCCUGCAAUUCGUAGAAGAUUUGAAAGACGUGUGUAUGUUCCUUUACCUGACGCUACUGCUAGAUUAAAAUUGUUUAAAUUGAAUAUUGGUGAUGUACCGACUGAAUUGACUGCUAAUGACUAUAAAGUUCUUGUAGAUAAAACUAAUGGAUAUUCUGGUUCUGAUAUAGCUAUUGUUGUUAGGGAUGCUAUUAUGGAACCAGUACGUCGGAUUUAUACUGCUACACAUUUUUGUUAUGUUAAUUGUCCUGAUGGUAAACGUCUUCUUACACCAUGUUCUCCUGGUGUUUCUGGUGCACAAGAGAUGACAUGGGAGAAUGGAACUGUUGAUACUUUGCUUGAGCCUAUGUUAACUAUGAAUGAUUUUCUUAAAGCUCUUAGAAAUACUCGUCCUACUGUUAAUUCUGAUGAUCUUAAACGUUAUGUUGAAUUUACAAAUGAAUUUGGUUUGGAUGGUUAA